CCCCAACAACAGUUGCCCCAACAACAGCUGCCUCAACAACAGUUGCCUCAAAGACAGCUGCCCCAACAACAGCUGCCCCAACAACAGCUGCCCCAACAACAGCUGCCCCAUCAACAGCUGCCCCAACAACAGCUGUCCCAACAACAGCUGCUCCAACAACAGCUGCCCCAACAACAGUUGCUCCAACUGUCCCAACAACAGCUGCCCCGACAACGGCUGCCCCAAAAACAGCUGUCCCAACAACAGCUGCUCCAACAACAGCUGCCCCAACAACAGUUGCUCCAACAACAGCUGCUCCAACAAAAGCUACCACAACAACAGCUGUCCCAACAAAAGCUGCUCCAACGACAGCUGCCCCAACAGUGGCUGCCCCAACAACAGCUGUCCCAACAAAAGCUGCUCCAACAACAGCUCUGCCCCAACAACAGUUGCCCCAACAACAGUUGCUCCGACACAGUGCCCAAAGGCGCUCACCGCCCCAACAACAGCGCUCCAACAACAGCGUCCCACAUGCCCAACAACGCUACUCCAACAAUACAAACCUGCUUACACCCCAACCUAAAAAGCUGUCCCACAGCGCCCAACGCGUCCCAAAACGCUGUCCCAACAACAGCUGCUCAACAGUACCCCGGCCGUCCCCCAAGCGCCCCUCCCAACACGCGUCCCAACAACCAACACAGCUCCUAA